AUGGCAGAUGGUACCUACAGGUUCCAGCAGCCUGGGGCCGGGCAGUUCUUCUUCCAAACGCAGACGCAACAGCACUCCCAUCAACGUCAUCUUGUUCGAAACGGGACCAACUCGCCGACUGGAAGACUAAAAUUCAGCCACGAUACUCCGUCUCCCUCCCGCUCCCCCCCGAUCGGCCAGGCUGCUGCCUUGAACCCCUUCACCAUGUACAGUCAAACGCACCAAGGGCAGCAUGUUAUGAUGAAUGGCGGCCAGGCCCACCAGCGGUUCGGCAUGCAGAUGCCCAAAUUCCAAUCGCAGAGCCACCAUCCCCAUCCCGCACAGCAACCCCACCACCACGCGCACCACAGCCAAGCCUCUCACAGCAUCACCCACCAGCACAACUUCUCCAGUGGGGCAUUGGCUGCCGCUACUCCGCACUUCACCCCCGGUCCUCUCCAGAAUGGGGCUCACGUCAACGUGGAUGAUGACCUUGACGAUUCCAUGAACGAACACUGGCAGCAGCAGCUUCAGCUCGCGGCGGAAUCGCGCCAGGCAAACUCUCCCCACUACUAUGCCCGCACGGUCGCACAGCAGACCAAGGGCAUCCAGAUCGCGCCCAGUCAGCCCGAGUCACAAGAGAGCGGAGGCGACGAUCGGAAUGGCUCUGCCAAGACCAAGGCGGCUCCGAAGCAAGGCUGGUUUGCUCUGGACUUCGGUGGACAGGGCCUGCGUGCGAUUGCGACGUCUCUGUUCAACUACGAUUUCCUCGAAAAAUUGUACCUAAGCCACAACAAGCUGAAGACGCUUCCUCCGUCGAUUGGACGAAUGCGGAAACUCACCCACUUGGAUCUGUCGGGCAACGAUCUCACGGAGCUCCCGGAGGAAAUUGGCAUGCUCACAAGUCUGAAACAGCUUCUUCUCUUCGAUAACAACAUCCGCUCGCUUCCCUAUGAGAUGGGCUAUUUGUACAGGUUGGAGAUGCUGGGCAUAGAAGGGAACCCGCUGAACGAUGUCUUGAAGUCGCAGAUCAUCAAGGAGGGCACAAAGGCUUUGGUCCGGUAUCUGAGGGAAGAAAUGCCAGUUCACCUUCCACCUCCGGACAGAGACUGGAUUGUUUUGGACGAUACUGCAGGCUCCCCCAACAAUCCCACCGAAAAGAUUACCGUCCUCUCUCAUAACGCCCUCUGCGAAGCCUCCGCCACACCGACUCAUUUUGGCUACACCCCAUCCCGCGUCCUCUCAUGGGAAUUCAGACGAGAGCUCAUACUGAGCGAGUUAAGAGCGCACGACUCCGACAUUGUCUGCCUCCAGGAGGUGGACAAGGGCAGUUACAAUGGAUUCUUCAGGGAGCAGCUGGCCUACAACGAUUACAAGGGUGUUUAUUGGCCUCGAGGAAGAGCGAUGGGUAUGCAAGAGGAAGACGCCAAGACAGUUGACGGCUGCGCUACGUUCUUCAAGGGCACCAAGUUCAUCCUCCUCGAUAAGCAAAUGAUCAACUUCGGCCAGACAGCAGUACGGCGCCCGGACGCCAAGGGUCAAGAUGACAUAUACAACAGACUGUGGCAGAAGGAUCACAUCGCGGUCGUCGUUUUCUUGGAGAAUAGACUGACAGGCUCGCGUUUCAUUGUCGUGAAUGCGCACCUCUACUGGGAUCCCGCCUUCAAGGAUGUGAAGUUGAUUCAGACUGCCAUCCUGAUGGAGGAAAUCACCAAGCUCUCCGAGACUUACGCCAAAUGGCCCCCGUGUACCGACAAGACCGCGUUCCGCUUCUCCGAGGCCGAGGGUGAGGCGGAAACCCCGGCGCCCGAACCCGCCCCGUCCAUGGAGUACUCCAGCGGCGAUCAGAUUCCGCUCUUCAUGUGCGGAGAUUUCAAUUCAUCACCCGGGUCGGCGGCGUACAACCUGGUCGCAAAUGGACAACUCACGGAGGCGCAUCCUGAUCUGGAGAAACGGCUCUACGGCAACCUCAGCCGGAUCGGCAUGACGCACCCGUUCAAGCUGAAGUCGGCGUACAACUCGGUAGGCGAGUUGAGCUUCACGAACUACACCCCAGACUUCAAGGACAUCCUGGAUUAUGUCUGGUUUUCAUCGAAUUCGCUUCAUGUCUCGGCGUUACUUGGGGAGGUGGACAAGGAGUAUCUGCAGAAGGUGCCCGGGUUCCCGAAUUUUCAUUUUCCAAGUGAUCAUAUCGCAUUAUUUGCGGAGUUUACCGUUAAGGGGAAAAAGGGCAAGGUUGUGGAAGCGGACUUUGGACCGCAACGGAAUUGA